AAUCGGAUCGUCACGUUUCGAGUGGUCUUUUGAGCGGCUCGUUCGCGGGAGAGGAGCCAAUAGCGAAGCUUGCACGCGCGUCAAGGUGGCUAACCUUCAGAGAGAAUCCGCUGGCGACGUCAAGGUGGCUAACCUUCAGAGAGAAUCCGCUGGCGACGUCAUCUGGCUCGAUGACGGGGGCGAAAGAGUGCCCGUGCCGUCGACGAGGGCGAGAGGGACGAGGCUGACGGCGUCGUUCGUGGAGCAGGAGAUGUCCGUGAUGGUGUCGACGCUGGCGCGCGUGGUCGCAGGAGAGGAUGGCGCGUCUCUGCCGUCCUUACCGUCGAGUGGCGAGCAGAACGGUGGCGGCCGGCAGAUGCAGGGGAGGGAGAGCUUCGUGCACGAGGAGGUGCCCAGCUUUUGCAUUACGUUCGGGUCGUCUCCGGGGGGGUCGUCGUCGUCGUCGUCGGCUUCGGCAGCUGGAAGAGAGCAAGCUCGAGCGGAGCAAGGGGGCAGGAAAAGGUUCCGAGGAGUGCGGCAACGCCCUUGGGGCAAAUGGGCCGCGGAGAUAAGAGACCCGCACAAGGCGGCCCGCGUCUGGCUCGGUACCUUCGACACCGCCGAGGCGGCCGCCCGGGCCUACGACGAGGCCGCCCUUCGGUUCCGAGGAAACAGAGCCAAGCUCAACUUCCCCGAGGACGCCGGGGUUCGACAAGCGCCGGCAGCCGCGCCGUCCGCCGCUCCUGCUGCUCUCCUGGAGUCCCGACCCUUCGACGCCAUGAGGAAUUACUGGGAGUACUCGAGGCUGCUGCAGGGAGCAGAGGAUGGCCGAGGGAUGCCUCCGCCUGUUUUGUUGGAUGAGACGGUGAGUUGCAGAGCUAAUAAUCCUGCUUCUCCUCUCACUGCUGCUGCUGCUGCUUCCGGUCAUCCCUUAUCUCCACUGCUCUAUCCACCAGCAUCAGAGCAACAGAUGGACUAUCUUCAACUUCCACCUUGGACUGAAUCCAGCCAUUAUCCUCCAUCUUCCUCGUCGGGAUAGAGAUAGACUUACUGUGCCUCAGAGAUUAUUCCUUCGCCUCUUUCGAUCUCGUUUUCCUACACGUACUUCUCUUUAGCUUCUUCCAUAUUGUAUUGCUAGAAUUCUGACAGGAGAAAGAACAUUAAUUCCUUUAUUUUAUUCACCAAAUUAUGCUUUCUUCACACACAAGUUUAAGAUGCUUCUAAAGGAAAA